UUUGUAGAAUGAUCAAAAACGGCAAUGUUUAGGACUUCUGAACUAUGACAGAGGUUGUGAAUGGAAACAGGAAGAAUCUGUUGCUGAAAUAAACCUGGCAUCAGAUGUGGAAGAGAAUAUGGAAGAAGGUGAAGUUAGCAAUGGCUGUGGAAUGAUGCAAUUAGAAAAUAGCAGCAAUGGCUUCAGCAACAACAACAACAACAACAUUGUCAGUGAAAACAACAAAAACACUUUCCAUCAUCAACAGCUUCAGCAGCCAACAGACUUUGCUUCAUUUGAUGAAACCACAUUCGUCCAGGACUCGAAACACAAUCAGCAGAAUUCAGAUGUUAAACCAAAGGAAUCUUACGAAAUACAGUCUGAGAGUUCAUCAUCUUCAACACCAACUUAUUAUCAGAAAUUUAAUACCACUUUAGGGCCAGCAGAUAGGUUCUGUGUAGGUGGUGCAUUUGGUUACCAUCUUGGACUGAACCGUUCCUACUGCAAGCCCUCUUGGGAUGCUAUAGCUGAUAUGAGAACUUAUGUGUCAGACUAUUACUGAGAUUAAGUUGAUGUUUAAUUUUUUUUGUUGUAAUUUUGUUUUUUUUUUAUUUUCUUUCAUUCUUCAUUUUACGUGACUCUUUGUUCACAUCUUCAUUAUUAUUUUUAUAAAAUACCAGCUGAUUAUAUUAUAUUAUAAAUAUCUGAAAGUUUUUUUUCCCUCUUUGAAAUCAUAUUUUCACACACCUUUUAAAUUCAUAAUUGUUCAUAUUAAAAAAAAAAAGAAGAAAAAAGGCGGUGCUCCAGCAUGGCCGCAGUCAAAUGACUGAAACAAAUAAAAGAGUAAUGGUUCUGGGAGACUUUGUCAUUUGAUGAUGGGGGACUUAAAGAAGAAUUUAGAAGGAAAAAGUGGAAACACAAUGACCGUCUGGUUAAGGUGCUGGAAACACAUGCAAAUGUUGUUGCAGUUGUUGUACUCUGUCCUUGGACAAGAGACAUUUUUGUGUAAACUCCAGUCUUAGUAAUUGACAAGAGGUUCCCCAUUCUUACUUCACAAUUGUGUUGUGUUUCAACUGGUGGUGGAAGAGCACUAACUUCAACAAUAUGAAAAAAAAAAAAGAAAUUGGAAGAAAAAAAAAAGGAAAAAAAGAAUUAAUAUUUCCAAUGAUCCAUCCUCACUUAUAUCUGAAUGAAAUGGUGGAAAGUAAAGGGGUUAAGAAAAAAACCCGGAAAAGGAAAAAAAAUAAUGAAAAAUAAUCGAAUUUUCUGUUUUUUUUUUAAUUGGUCUGUAUUUUUAUGUUUAAGAAUCACAAAUAGCUGAGUUGAUUAAGCAUUGGCAUCAAUAAGUUUCAGUCUCUUCCUGGCCCUGUAGUAAGCUCGGUUAAGUUCACCGAACUAUAAAUGAGCAAUGAAGUGCAGUGUAGUUCACUGCUGAAACCUUUGACAUCAAUGUAUAACUAAUAUAGUCAAGAGUGUCUUGUUAAGUUAUAGUAAUCACCUGAUCAACCAAACUGUCAGACGUUGUUAUACCUCACUGGUCACAGUGCACUUUGCAUCGUUUUUAGGUUUUCAAAUGGUGCCACCCCACUGGUUAGGCAAGCCAGUCCAUCACAGGGUCACCCAUUCACAGCUGAGCAGACUGGAACAAUGUGAAGUAAAGGGUUUUGCUCAAGAACUUAUAAUAUUCAACUCAAAUGUUGUUUUGGCUUGGAGUAAGGGGGGGGGGUGAGGACGUCUUCAAAUGAAUAUACAACAAAAGAAUUUAUCGGAUUGUCUCACUUCUUACUCACUCCAUUCACCCCUCUCCCCCCACAACACACUUUUUGUGUUUUACCAGUUGUUUGCUUUUAGUUUAUUUAAUUGGUAUGUUUUUUUUUUUUUCUCUCUCUUUUUGUUUUCCUGUGCAAAAGGAAAAGGAAAAAAAUUGAACUCACUCAAUUUCAGUAAUUUUCUGCAUUUGGGGGAAAAAAAAUUUAUCAAAAUGUGUUUCAAUGUAAAUAGAUUCAAGCUGUCGAUAUUACAAAAUGUCUACAAGAAGAACGACAUUCGACACACCGUAUACGACAGUGGAACUAGUUGAAAGUAAAUAAAAGAACAUUUGUAUAUGCCUUGAA